AUGAGGACGAGGCGAGGAACGAUCUACUCCAAAGCGGGCCUAGCUUUCGAGGCCGAGAAGCGGGCCAAAACUACCAAAACAACCAAAAUAGCAGUGACGAGACUCACUUCUUCAGUUGUUGUUCGGUGGCUACAACGGCUGAACGGAGGCUCGGUUGAGGCGAGCAAGGGUCAAGAUGGAUGGAAGGGGUCGAAUCGGGUCCAAACGGUGGCGGUGGAAGCUUCGGCGGUGGUCCAUAGCGGCGGAGACAAGCUGGACAGCUCUGGCACGGGCCGAAGCAGCAAGUUGGGCGGGGGAACAGGCGAGACGGGGCUGGCGGUGAGGCGUGACGGCCAGAUGCUACUUCGAAAUGCUGUAUAUGAGCAGUAUUGGGCUUUUAGCAUUUUGAAGGCUAUUGUCAAGACUCUCGGCCGGCCGAGAACAGCUAAGCAGCUCCACUCGUGGUUAGCAAAAUGCAUCGUCAGUCUCACCCCCUCCAUUUGUCCCCUUCCGUCUGCUCUCCACGUCUUUAGCCCUCUCCCCCUUCGCCCCCUUCUCUCCUUUCAUGACCAUGGAGCGCAAGAAACCCGCCGGCUUGCAGUCGCGGCAGCGCUCGUGGCCCUCGUCCUGGCCGCCCAAGGCUUCGUCAGCUGCGGCGCCGGCGAGACCCAGAGCCUGAUCAAGUUCAGGGGCUCCCUCUCGAACGCCACCGCGCUGAGCAACUGGGACGGCUCCGCCGACUCCCCGUGUACCGCCGCCGGCAGCAACUGGGCCGGCGUGUGGUGCAAUAACGGCAGCGUGUGGCAGCUCAGGCUCGAUGGGAUGGGCCUCGGGGGCGGCCUCGACUUGGACUCUCUCGCCGAGCUGCCCAGCCUUCGUAUCCUGAGCAUCAAGGGCAACAGCUUCGAGGGGCCGAUGCCAGAGGUGAAGAAGCUGCUGGCGCUCAAGUCGGUGACGAUGUCGAGCAACCGGUUCUCGGGGCCGAUCCCGGACGACAUGUUCGACGGGAUGAGGGCGCUGAAGAUGGUGUACCUGGAGGGCAACAUGUUCACGGGGCCAAUGCCGAAGUCGCUGGCGCAGCUGCCAAGGCUCGUGAACUUGAACCUCGCCGGGAAUCAGAUCGGAGGGAAGAUUCUGGAUUUUCCGCAGAUGGAGCUGCAGAUGGUGAACUUGGCUGACAACCAGUUCGAGGGGAAGAUACCUCGGGGGCUUAGCAACAUGAACGCCUCCUACUUCGCAGGGAACAAGGACUUGUGCGGGAAGCCUCUUCCCCCGUGCAAAUCAUCGAGGAAGCUACUCUUCAUUGCCAUCGGAGUUGGCGUCGCACUCGCCGUGUUGCUCAUCGUCGGCGUCGUCCUAUACAGGAAGAAAUCGAACAUCCACGAAGCCCACCCCGUGAAGGUCCAAAGGGGGUUCGGCACCUACGAUGCCGGGCUGGCGGACGCCCAGAUAAACCACCAGCAGCCGCAGAUGAAGAAGAGAGGAGGAGAUCACCAAGGGAAGCUGGUAUUUGUGAGGAGCGACCGGGGGAGAUUCGAGUUGCAAGACCUGCUCCGGGCCUCCGCGGAGGUGCUGGGCAGCGGUAGCUUCGGGUCGUCGUACAAGGCAGCACUGCUGGACGGGCCGGCGGUCGUCGUGAGGCGGUUCAGGCAAAUGAACAAGCUCGGGAAGGAGGGGUUCUAUGAGCACAUGAGGAGGCUUGGGAGUUUGUCUCACCCUAACUUGCUCCCUCUAGUAGCUUUCUUUUACAGGAAAGAGGAAAAGCUCCUGAUUUCGGAUUUUGUCGAGAAUGGAAGCUUGGCCAGUCAUCUUCAUGCAAAUCGUAGUACGGGACAACCUGGGCUCGACUGGCCGAUUCGUCUGAAGAUCGUCAAGGGAGUCGCAAAGGGUCUCGAAUACCUCUACAAGGAGCUUCCUGUCCUCUCCUUGCCCCACGGUCACCUCAAGUCGUCUAACGUUCUUCUGGACCGGAACUUCACACCACUCCUGACGGACUACGGCCUCGUGCCCGUGAUCAACAAGGACCACGCUCAACAGUUCAUGGUGGCGUUCAAGUCUCCCGAGUUCAGCCGCAGCGACCGCACGACUAAGAAGACCGACGUGUGGAGUCUCGGGAUACUGAUCCUAGAGAUCAUCACGGGGAAGUUCCCGGCCAACUAUCUGAAGCAAGGGAAAGGGGCGAACGCCGACCUGGCGACGUGGGUCAACUCGGUGGUGAGGGAGGAGUGGACGGGGGAGGUGUUCGACAAGGACAUGAGAGGGACGAAGAGCGGGGAGGGGGAGAUGCUGAAGCUCCUGAAGAUCGGCAUGUGUUGCUGCGAGUGGGACAUGGAGCGAAGGUGGAGCUUGAGGGAGGCCAUGGAGAGGAUCGAGGAGCUGAGGGAGAGGGAUAGCGAUGAAGAGUACUCGUCUUACGGAAGCGAAGGAGAUUUGUACUCUUCUAGGGCAAUGACGGAGUGACUUCUCCUUCUCGGUUACCCAUUGAUGGGCUGACUACGCUGCUCGACACUACUGUUCAAAUCGUCUGUUAUCAUGUUGUUGAAGAUUUAUAUAUUGACUUGAGACAAUAGUCCGACAUUUAUAGAAGAGUAAUUGCAUAGAGAAAUCAAACUUGAUGAACUAUUUU